GACGAAUGUAAGCUUCGUCCCUGCCAUGCCAGUGCUAUCUGUGAGAACGUCCCAGGAAGCUACAACUGUCGAUGCCCUCCAGGCUUAGUUGGUGAUCCACUUGUACAUCCUGGGUGUCAUGAUCCUAACAUCUGUUACAAUGGAGACUCGGACUGCCCCGAUACAGCAGCUUGCAUUCUGGUUAAGGGUGUACCGUACUGUAAAGAUCCCCUGUGACGAUCCAACAAUGUGUGCUGCUAAUGCAAUCUGUCACACAAUCAAUCAUCAACCAGUUUGUUCCUGUCCACCAGAUUAUACAGGAAACCCACAUCUUAGAUGCGAUAAAGUUGAAUGUGUAAUAAAUGAAGAUUGUCACAGCAAUGAGAUGUGUAUAAAGAACAAGUGUAUAGAUUCUUGUAUAAGCCAGAAUAUUUGUGGAGAGAAUACUAUCUGUUUGGCACAAGACCAUCACGUGAAUUGUAGAUGUAAAGAUGGCUACUAUGGUGACCCUAUUGCUGGCUGUAGAAGAAUACUCAGAUGUGUCGGUGAUAUUGAUUGCCCAGCUGGUGAAUUUUGUUAUAAAGACGGAGUUUGUAGAAGUAGGUGUAAAUCUAAUCGUGACUGUGGAGUCAAUGAACGAUGUGAAAAUGGAAAAUGCAUCUCUAUCUGUCGAAGUGACACAGAAUGCCCCGAGGGACAGGCAUGUAUUGGUGGAAAAUGUGUGACAGUCGACAGAUGUAACUCUGAUUACGAAUGUAAUGACGUCCUAGCUUGCCGUGCUUCAGGAAAAGGCUACGAUGAUUGUCUUGACCCAUGUGCAACUACAAUAUGUGGUAGAAAUGCUCUUUGUGUUGUGAUAAACCAUCUUUCUCAAUGCGAGUGCCCAAAAGGUUUUAUUGGAAAUCCUAUAGAUGACAGAGUUGGAUGUAAAAAAGCGGAAUGUAUCACCCAUGAUGACUGUCGUCCUGAUAAAGUUUGUGAUAACAACAAGUGUGUUGAUCCCUGUAAACUGCAAAGAAUAUGUGGGGAUAAUGCCUACUGUGUUGCACAAGACCACUCGGCUAUCUGUCGUUGUCGAGAUGGUUACGAAGGGGACCCUCUGGCCGGGUGCCGUCUUAUUGACUACUGUGGCAACAGACCAUGUCACCCAAGUGCCGACUGUAAGAACAAGUUUGGAGGAUAUGACUGUGAAUGCCCUCUUGAGAGAAAUAUUGGUAAUCCGUACGGUGAACCUGGAUGUCGAGGACCUAACGAGUGUCCGAAUGGAGACGUUGACUGUCCUCCAAAUGCUGCUUGUGCUUCUGAUGGAUUGGGUCCACCAAAAUGUAAAAAUCCUUGUUUGGAGCCAGAUGUUUGUGGUCCAAAUGCUCUUUGUCGUGUUGAAAACCACAGAGUAAUAUGCUACUGCCCAGAGCAGUUCACUGGAGAUCCUAACGAGUUAAGCCGUGGCUGUGUUCGAUUGCCCACCGUGUGUAGCAAUGAUCGUGAAUGUCCUGCCGGGCUUGUUUGUGAUAACAAUAGAUGUAGACCUCCCUGUCAUUCAGAUCCAGACUGUGCUCUAGGAGAACUGUGCAUACAAGGUCACUGUAUACAGGGCUGUAGAGAGGACUCUGACUGUUUGGGUGGUGAGAUCUGUGUUUCUCGCAAAUGUGUUGUUGGAUGUAGAACUGACAACGACUGUGCCCUAACUGAAUCGUGUGUGCUGAAUAAAUGUCAAAACCCGUGUAUCACUAAUGGGGUGUGUGGAAUUAAUGCUCUCUGUAAAGUAGUGAAUCAUAAAUCUGAAUGCUACUGUCCACCAGGGUUCUCUGGUGAUCCUCGGACCAGCUGUAUUAGAGAACAACCUAAGUGUCACAGCGAUGCUGAUUGCCCUCCAAACUACUUCUGUCUGAAUGGACAAUGUAAAGUGGAGUGUACAAUAGAUGGCGAUUGUGCUGUUGGAGAAAAGUGUUUCAGCUAUCGUUGUAUCGAGCUGUGUCGAAGUGAUGAUGACUGUCAACAUAAUGAAAUUUGUGUGAGCAACCAUUGUCAAAUUGGUUGCCGCACAAGUGACCAGUGUGCUCAACAUCUAGCCUGUAUUAGCAACCAAUGUAGAGAUCCAUGUGAAGGAAAGGCUACUUGUGGUCCAAAUGCAAUCUGCAAGGUAUCAAUCCACCGAUCUGUUUGUAGCUGUCCCCCUGGCUUUGUUGGUAGACCUAAUGCCAAUGUGGGCUGUAUUCGUGAGCCUACCAUCUGUACAAACGAUGUUGAUUGCCUCAGUGGUUACUAUUGUUUUAAUGGACACUGUAGGGUUGCCUGUAGUAGUGACAGAGAUUGUGCGGUGAAUGAAAGAUGUGUCCUAGGAAAGUGUGUCGUCCAAUGUGUACGAGAUAGAGACUGUCCUUCUGGAGAAUUCUGUGAACAUAACAAAUGUAUAGUUGGUUGUCGAGCUGACACGGAUUGUCCAUUCAAUGAAGCAUGCAUCAAUAAUCAGUGUCUUAAUCCAUGUGGAAGUCAAACAGCAUGUGGAACAAAUGCCUACUGUGAGGUCAAAAACCACCAGAUUGACUGUAUCUGUCCACCAGAACUUUCUGGUGAUCCUUUUAUAGAGUGCAUAAGAGUGACACGAACUUGCAACGUUGAUGAUGAAUGUGGCCUAGGAAGACACUGUGAAGUUUCAAUAUGUACAGUUAGUUGCAGUAGCGACAAUGAAUGUUUUGACAAUGAAAAGUGCAUAGAUAGGCGUUGUAGAGUGAUUUGCACAAAUGACAACAGCUGUCCUAACGGAUACAUUUGUGAUUCUGGACGAUGUAUACCUGGAUGUCGGUCAGACAUAGAAUGUCCUUUGACAGAUGCUUGUAUACACCGUCAGUGUAUCAAUCCUUGUGACAGUCCCACAUCAUGUGGUACAAAUGCCCAGUGUAAACCUGUUAACCACAGACCUUAUUGCACUUGCAUUCCUGAUUACACUGGAGACCCACGUGUGGAAUGUACGAAAGUGGAAUGUGUCAUUGAUUCUGAUUGUCACCAAGGAAAGAUUUGUCAGAACUAUCACUGCAUAGUGGGUUGUAGAUCAGAUCAGAGCUGCCAGAGUAACGAGGUUUGCAUCCGAAGACAAUGUCAGGACCCUUGUCAGUUUAGCGGAUCAUGUGGUUUCAAUGCUCGCUGUAAAACUGUUAAUCACCAACUUGAUUGUAGCUGUUCUGUUGGUUAUACUGGAAACCCUAUUUUGGAAUGUUUCAGAAUUAUUGGACAUUGCCAGUCUGACCAAGAUUGUCCUCCAGGCAAGGAAUGCAAGAACAACCGAUGUGAAGAAAAAGUUGAAUGCCAUGUCGAUAGCGAUUGCUUGCUAAGGCACAUUUGUCAACGAAACAAAUGUUUUGUGGGCUGUCGAACAGAUGAUAAUUGUCCCCUUGAUCAGGGCUGCUAUGUUGGAAGAUGCCAGAAUCCAUGUACUAUAAGAGGAUCUUGUGGCAGUAAAGCUGAGUGUACACCAGUUCGACACAAAGCGGUGUGUACGUGUCCAGCUGGAUACACGGGAAAUCCCCUCUUGGAUUGUAAACGAAUUGGAGAAUUUUGUGAGACAGACCGACAGUGUUUACCAGGAUACAUAUGCCAGAAUGGAAACUGUGUGGUUUCCGUUGGAUGCACUUCUGAUAAUGACUGUGACCACGGGAAAAUCUGUGAAAACACUAAAUGUAUCUAUGGAUGUCGAGCAGACAGUGACUGCGAGUUUGACAAAGCAUGCAUACAGAGGAAAUGUCAAAAUCCAUGUAACUUUGACGCUUGUGGAACAAAAGCCGAUUGUCUCCCUGUUAGUCACCAGGCCGUGUGUCGCUGUCCUGUAGGUUAUACUGGAAAUCCCAAGUUUUUAUGCACCACAGUUGUGGAAGAAUGCUAUGUUGACAGUGACUGCGAACUCGGAAAGCUGUGUAUCAGUAAUAGAUGCAUUGUUGGAUGUCGUUAUGAUAUUCAUUGUCCUUAUGACAAGGCAUGCAUUAAUGGACGUUGUAGAAGCCCAUGCAAUACCAGAACUGCUUGUGGCAUUGGAGCACUUUGUAGAGAUGUUAAUCAUGCAGCAGAGUGUACCUGUCCACCCAACUUCCGAGGUGACCCUAAGGUGCGAUGUGUCCGUGACGGAGGUCCUCAGUGUGGAGUGGGUAAAGAUUGUCCAAGUGGCUUUGUCUGCAAAGAUAACAUCUGUGUUUACGUUGAAGAGGGAUGUAAAGCAGACACAGCUUGUAGUCCAGGGGAGAUAUGUGAAAAUGGAAAAUGUAUAGUUGGGUGUCGACGAGACUCUGAUUGUACCUUUGAUAAAGCUUGCAUCAACAGCUACUGUGUCAAUCCAUGUACCACUCAAAACGCAUGUGGUCAGAAUGCACACUGUCGACCAGUUGUCCAUCGUCCUUUGUGUACCUGCCCGCCGGGUUUCAGUGGAAGUCCCUUUGAUUACUGCGUAGAAACACCUUCUGACAUAUGCUACACCGACAGUGACUGUCCAGUUGGAAAAAUCUGUGAGAACAGCAAAUGUAUUGAUGCUUGUCGCACAGACGACUCCUGUUCUUAUGAUAAAGCAUGUAUAAAUCGUCGCUGUCAAGACCCUUGCAGUUUCUACGGAGUUUGUGGAGUCAAUGCCGAUUGCCGUUCAGCAAAUCACAAAGCUAUCUGUGAAUGUCCUAUUGAUUACACUGGAAACCCAGAAGUGAUGUGUACUUUAGGAAGAAUAGAUGAAGAUGAAUGCAAAGUAGAUGAAGACUGUAGUUUUGGUUUCAUUUGUGUGCAAGGAAAAUGCAUUGAGGGUUGUCGUAGUGAUGACAACUGUCUCCCUACCAAGGCCUGCAUCAUCCAGCAGUGUCAAAACCCUUGUAGUCAGCCAAAUGCUUGUGGCAUCAAUACCAACUGUCAACCCGUUUUCCAUCGUCCCAUUUGUACAUGCCAACCUGGAUUUGUUGGUGAUCCCAAUGUGGAGUGUCAACUUGUGGGUAAAGGUGAAUGCAAAACUGAUCCGGACUGCCCUAUUCAACACAUCUGUGAUGACAGCAAGUGUAUCAUUGGAUGCAGAACAGACCAGAACUGUGCAUAUGAUGAGGCUUGUAUCAAUCGCAUCUGCCAAAAUCCAUGUAGUUUUUAUGGGGCGUGUGGAAGAAAUGCCAUUUGUCAACCAAUCAAUCAUCAGCCUGACUGCUCUUGUCCUGCAGGUUACAUUGGUAAUCCCAACGUCGUGUGUAACAAAGAAACUAUACCUGUGGAAUGUACUCAUGACCAAGAUUGUGUGCAGGGGAAGAUUUGUGACAACAACCACUGUAUUGUGGGUUGUCGUCAUGACAAUAAUUGUCCCUUGGAUCGAGCUUGUAUCAAUGGUCAGUGUCAGAAUCCAUGUUUACUGCCUCACAGUUGCGGUCAAAAUGCUCACUGCAAUCCAUCCAAUCAUAGACCAGUGUGCACCUGUCCGUACAACUUCCGUGGAAAUCCUCUUAUUAAAUGCGAACCUGUUCCUGAUGAUUACUGCACAAAUGACAUUGAAUGUCCGAUUGGAAAGAUUUGUAAAAAUGAACGAUGUAUAGAGGGUUGUCGCGACGACGCAAACUGUGCAUUCGAUAAAGCCUGCAUCAAUGCAAUUUGUCAGAACCCUUGUAGUAUCUAUGGUGCCUGUGGAGUAAAUGCUGUCUGUAAGCCUAUUAAUCAUGACCGAGUGUGCAGCUGUCCUCCUCAGUAUACCGGAAAUGCAGGAGUUCAGUGUGUCAAGAUUCCUGUUCUGACAGAAUGCCAAACAGAUCCAGAUUGUCUUCCAGGUCUGAUCUGCCAGAAUGAAAGAUGUAUCGUUGGUUGCCGAUCAGAUAGAAACUGUCCAAUCGACAAAGCUUGUAUCCUUGGUCAAUGUGUUAAUCCCUGUGAACAGAGUGGUGCUUGUGGUCAGGAAGCAUUAUGUCAACCUGUUAAUCAUCGUCCCGUGUGCCGUUGUCCGAACAGAUACACGGGAGAUCCAAAUAUUCUUUGCUCAAGAGUUGAAGAUAUAGAAUGCAGGCGAGAUGAAGAAUGUGCCAUUGGAUUUAUCUGUGUCAGAUCUCAGUGUAUAGCUGGAUGUCGGACACACAGCAACUGUCCAUUCGAUGAAGCCUGCAUCAACAGGAUAUGUCAGAAUCCAUGUAACAUCGGAGGAAUCUGUGGAGUUAACACACUGUGCCGUGCUCUUAACCAUGAAGCUGUAUGCACCUGUCUUCCAGGAUAUACUGGAUCACCUCUAAAACAGUGCACUCUAGUUCAGUAUGAAUGUGAAAUUGACAAAGAUUGUGGAUCCGGUUAUGUAUGUGUUAAUAAACAGUGCAAAGGUAAGAACAUCUUUAAUAAAAAUCAUAUUU